AUGUUCUCCAGGCUGUCUUCCGCCGCGGCAGUGGUGCUCGCCGCAUCCUCCCUCACCAGCGCUCAGACUUUCAGUGCUUGCAACCCUACCAAGAAGACCGGCUGCCCCUCCGAUCCUGCUAUCGGCUCAACGCAGACCAUCGACUUCACCAAGGGUGAGAAUGACUUCUUCACGGCUGCCACCGGCACUACUGUGACAUACGACCCGUCUCUCGGUGCCGUUUUCACCAUCAACAAGGAGACCGAGGCCCCUACCUUCACUUCCACUGGCUACAUCUUCUUCGGCCGUGUUGACGUUACCGUGCGGGCCUCCGUCGGUACCGGUGUCGUCACCUCGUUCGUCCUGCAGUCUGAUGACCUUGACGAGAUCGACUGGGAGUGGCUCGGAGGAGACGACACCCAGGUUCAGACCAACUACUUCAGCAAGGGUGACACGACCACCUACGACCGUGGUGGCUUCUCCGGAGUCGGCACCCCCCAGGCUGACUUCCACACCUACACCAUCGACUGGACUGCCGAGAAGCUGGACUGGAUCAUCGAUGGCACUGUUGUCAGGACCCUCAAGUACUCCGACGCCAAGGGAGGUGCUAGCUACCCUCAGACCCCCAUGCAGAUCAAGCUGGGAACCUGGGUCGCUGGUCGCAAGGACGCUCCCGAGGGUACCGUGCAGUGGGCUGGUGGAUACACCGACUUCACUCAGGCUCCCUUCAACGGCUACUACAAGAGCGUGACCGUCCAGGACUACAUGAACGGUGCCAAGAGCGCCGGCUCGUACGUCUACGGCGACCAGACCGGCACCUACGAGUCCAUCAAGAUUGAGCAGGGCGAUGGCAAGACCGACGGUGCUCAGAGCUCCUCCACCAAGCCAUCCUCGACCAAUGCCCCUGACAGCUCCAAGAGCGCCGCCUCGACCCUCAGUACCGUCACCAGCUCCUCUGACUUCACCGCCUCCGUGACUCAGGGUAUUACCCUUGCCACCGGCGAGCCCAGCAGCGACAACAGCUCCUCCUCGUCCGGCUCCACUACUGGCUCCUCCAGCUCCUCCAGCUCUGGCUCGUCGUCUUCCUCCUCCAGCAGCUCCCCCAGCUCGAGCGUGGUCACCGCCGGCGCCAGCAGCAAGGCCGGAAUCAACUUCGCGUUCCUUGGUGCCGCCAUGUUCGCUCUGCUCUCCCUGUAG